UGUCAAACUGUCAGAGUCUUACUUUAAGUCAUCACAGGAAUGCCACAAACGGCCCUUUCUUCUUCAUCUUUUGAAUCCAAUCUCUCAGAUUGUCUUAAGUCUUACUUUAAUUCAUCACAGGACUGCCACAAACUGCCCUUUCUCUCUCUUCCUCUUCCUCUUCCUCUUCCUCUUCUUCUUCUUCUCUUCUCUCUCUCUCUCUCUCUCUCUGAGUUCAUGAAGUGAUUUUCUUGUAAAAUUUUCCGGGUAAUUUCUGUUCCAGUUCAAUAGAUAAACACCUCACAUAAUCCAGAAGUAGAAAAAGAGCAGAGCUAAGAACAGAACUGAGACAGCCCGAUGUUGAGGUUCUCUCUGCCUCCUACUUACCUUCAACCCUGAGAAACUACUCCCAGUUUUCAAUCCAAAUUUCGGGUACAACUACAAUGCUCAAGGGAAUUGGGAGGCAUGUGACUAAACAUGUUCCUGGCAAAGGGUAUCCAAAGUGUACACUCAGAGUGCUAAGCAACUUUAAAUGGUAGAAGAUGCCAAGGCAUAAAGUGUAUGAACUAGCAACCAGAUUUUUGUGAUCGAAUUUAAUGGAUGGAGCAGCCACAAAAUCCCUUGAGAACUAAUGGUGGUAAAAGAAUUGUAAAGAAACUCAUGGAAGAAGAGGUCUCCGGUCUAGAGCUAGUUCAGAUGAAUGAAGAAACCGAAACAACUGUAGAUCAGAUACUCAGACAGUACCGUAGCAAAGAGGGGCAAAGCGACCGGUCUCAUCAAUUCUGGGACACCUUAAAGAUUCUGAAUUCGAACAGGGAAUUAAAUCUGAUACUCCUACAAGAUCCGAACCCCCUUUUGGCGGAUUGCCUCCAGAAACUACCGAAGUUACAGGCAGAGAAAGAAAAAUGUAAAUCUGUCCGAGAGACCAAAUGCAGAGAAAGGGGGGUUAUAAAUGGAAGGAAAUCUGUUGAGGUUGUAUGUACCAAGAAGUUUCAGAAGGAAAAUAUUUACCAUUCUCUCUGGAAUAAGAUCAGGAGCUUGAAUGGAGAACAAUCAACUGGAAGAGAAAAUCCUCGAACCCCAAGUAGAAUAGUAGAUUUAAAGCUGCGUAAGGGGAGAACGGAAAUUUCUGAAAUUGUAAACUGUCACUGCUCCUUUGUGCACUCGCCCCAUCGCUUGAAAAAUCAAGGGAAGAGUGUCAAGACAUCGUAUUUUUCCUUCAAGGGUAUAAAAAGGAAGAUGAGGCAUGCAGGAGCAGAUGAUCGAAAAGAGCAGCAUUGGAUUUCGAAAGAUGGCAGUAAAGGGAUUGGUAGGAAGAUUGCUAGUAGAAAUGACAAACCUUCCACUGAUGUCAAAAUGAAGGACACGCAAUCGAAGAUUAGACUUGAAAUUGCUUCCCCCAAGGAAAGUUCCCAUAAAAAGUUGAGUUCCUCAAGUGUCCAUUUUCCUAAAAGAAGAGAUUUCGACAUAUAUUUGGAGGCUAGAAGACAUCUCUCGGAGAGGCUCAGCCAUGUUGAGAAGGAUGAGACCUUCUCUGCCAAAAAAUCCCCAAAAACAUUAGAUAGGAUCCUCUCUUCUCACCAGCAUGACUUCUUGCCCAUUCAUAGUCCCGACUGGGUCAUUCAAUCCAGUUUCGUUACCUCACAAAUGAGAUUUUUCCCCUACAGUAAUUUUUGUGGGCUUCAAAAGGAAGAUAAAACAAGCUGCCUAAGUUCAUCAACGCAGGAUAAAGGACCUUCAUCCUUUGCUGAUAAUGGGAAGUUCGAUGAUCAGCUGCAUAUCUUCGGCUCAAAGCCAGGCAAUUCAGAGAACCACUCACCUGAUACUGAAGGACACAAGAGCAUCAGUUCCGUUACCAAUGAUUUUAGUUCUAACUGUUACGUGAAGAAAGCAGAAACAAACGAUGAUUUCAAAACUAUGGAAGAUCCAACCACUGCAUCAAGUCGCACGUGCAUUACAAGUCCUAGACAAAGCACUGAUACAGCCAAUAUGAGUGAGGAAUUUGGAUAUUUGGAGUGUUCAAGACCAGGGUCGCCUUCAGAGAGUCAGCAGCUAAUAUCUUCACUUGAUGUUUCUUCACCAAGCCCUUCAAGCAUUCAGAAACUGGGAUUUGGCGAUAGCAUUUAUGAUAGAAUAGAGAAUCCGAGCCCAGUUUCGGUUCUUGAUCCAGUUUUCUUAAAGGAUAUCACCAGCCCUCCAAGUACCACAACCAAACCUGUGAAUGCUGCAGCCAACUCAACAAUGCAACCACUUCAUGUUGAUUUUGAAGAACAAUAUGGGUACCCGAAUUGGGAUAAGCUCUUCUUGAAGUGGUAUUCGCCGGACCAACUUCUUAGCCCAUCCUUUUUUGAUGAAUUAGAAUUACCUUCUCUCGACUCUUCGUGUGAUCAGAAACUCCUCUUCGAUUACGUCAAUGAAGUCAUAUCAGAGGCAUAUCAAUGUUAUUUCAGCUGCUCUCCCGUUCCUUCAUUUCUCAAACCCAAACUCCAGCCAAUUCCAGUGGACAAAGUAGUGGGUCAUGAGAUCAAGAAAAGAGUUAAUCUGUACCUUCUUCUAUCCCCAAUGGCGCCACGGAGACUAGACGAGAUUGUGGGAGAAGAUUUGGCAAGCUCUUCAACAUGGAUGGAUAUUCGGCGUGACAUUGAAGUUAUUGCAGUUCAUAUGGUGGAGUCCAUUCUCGACGAACUGAUACCAGAAGCAUUACAUGAGUUCCAUAUCUGAAAGCAUUUGAUUUUGUUCUCCUUUUUGUGAUUUUCCAAUGACAAUUUUAGGUUGAGUGGAUCUGAUUGGAAGGGAGGCUUGAAAUUUAGCCGUACACGCGCAUCACGGGCUUUGAUGUGCGGUUGGGCUGUCCACUCAGCCCUUGUGUAUUCGGCCCAAGCAAGCCCCAUUGAAGGGGACUACCCGUAUUGACAGGCCCAUGUGUAUUCGGCUCGGCUCGGCCCACAAUUGGCAUAUUAUUUCUACAUUCGUUAAUAAAACAAAUCCCAUAAAGACAUAAAAAGUAUUCAAUUGAAGUUGAUUCUUGAUUUCUGA